CCCCACCUCUCUCUCUCUCUCUCUCUCUCUCACCAAUUUGCCUUCUAUUCUGUGACAUCUCUUCUCUCAUCAAUUAAGCUUUACUUGAUCUGGGUAUUCCAAUUCACCUCUAAAUCUCAAAACCCAGUUCAUUAAACCUCAAAUUCCUCUGCUUUAACUCUUUCUCUUCUUUCCCUUUCUGGGUUUUCUCAAAUUCCUCUGUUUUCUCAAACUUCACCUAUUCUCCAUUCAAUUCUAGCCCUUUUAAGGACCUUAAAUUAUUAGGCUUUGGUUGUCUUCCCUGAAUCAACAAUGGCCGAUAACACGAAUCCAAUUCUCGAGCCAGAACAGAGAAGAACCAAAACCACCCUCCCCAAUUUCCUCCUAUCAGUUCGUCUCAAAUACGUCAAACUAGGAUACCAUUACUUGAUCACCCACGCCAUGUACCUCCUUCUUACUCCUCUUCUCGGCAUAGUCUCAGUCCAUCUCUCCACACUCAAUCUCCAAGACCUAACCCACCUCUGGAACCACCUCAAGUUCAACCUCGUCGGCGUGGUCCUCUGUUCAGCCCUCCUAGUCUUCCUCUUCACUCUCUACUUCAUGAGUCGACCCAGAAAAGUCUACCUAGUGAACUUCGCUUGUUACAAGCCCGAACAAGCUCGUAUGUGUACGCGAGAGAUUUUCAUGGAGAGAUCGGGAUUAGCAGGGGUUUUCACUGAAGAUAACUUGGCGUUUCAGAAGAAGAUUUUGGAGAGGUCGGGAUUGGGGCAGAAGACUUAUUUUCCGGAGGCGGUGCUGAGAGUGCCGCCGAAUCCUUGUAUGGCGGAGGCGAGGAAGGAGGCGGAGACGGUGAUGUUCGGAGCGAUUGAUGAGCUUUUGGAGAAGACGGGUGUGAAGGCGAAGGAUAUUGGGAUAUUGAUUGUGAAUUGUAGUUUGUUUAAUCCGACUCCAUCGUUGUCCGCCAUGGUUGUCAAUCAUUACAAGCUUAGAGGGAAUGUUUUGAGCUAUAAUCUUGGUGGGAUGGGUUGCAGUGCUGGGUUGAUCUCCAUAGACCUUGCUAAACAGUUGUUACAGGUGCAGCCCAACUCCUAUGCGUUGGUGGUGAGCAUGGAGAACAUUACUCUAAAUUGGUACUUUGGCAACAACCGUUCUAUGCUUGUCUCAAAUUGCCUCUUCCGAAUGGGAGGUGCAGCGAUCCUCCUCUCCAACCGCUCCUCUGAUCGGUGCCGUUCAAAGUAUCAGCUCAUCCACACCGUCCGUACCCACAAGGGUGCCGAUGACAAAUGUUACAGUUGCGUGUUCCAAGAAGAGGACGAAAACAAGAAAAUUGGCGUUGCAUUGUCAAAAGACCUAAUGGCUGUGGCCGGGGAAGCCUUAAAAACAAAUAUCACAACGCUCGGGCCAUUAGUCCUACCUAUGUCUGAACAACUUCUAUUUUUCGCUACUUUGGUAGCUAGAAAAAUUUUUAAGAUGAAAAUUAAGCCUUAUAUUCCCGAUUUUAAAUUGGCUUUUGAGCAUUUUUGCAUUCAUGCCGGGGGCAGAGCGGUGUUGGAUGAGCUAGAGAAGAAUCUUGACUUAUCCGAAUGGCAUAUGGAACCUUCUAGAAUGACUCUUAAUAGGUUUGGAAAUACAUCGAGUAGUUCUUUAUGGUAUGAAUUGGCUUAUACCGAGGCUAAGGGGAGGAUUAGGAAAGGUGAUCGGACAUGGCAAAUUGCGUUUGGAUCGGGGUUUAAGUGUAAUAGUGCUGUUUGGCGCGCUUUGAAGACCAUUGAUCCGGCCAAGGAGAAGAACCCAUGGAUGGAUGAGAUUCAUGAGUUCCCUGUUCAUGUGCCUAAAGUGACACCAAUUGUUUCUUGAAGCAUUUUCAUAUUCUUAUCAUCAGAGGGUCAUAUUGUGUUUUUUUAAUUUACAAAACAUGAUUGUGGUGUCUGUAGUCUAGGGGGAAAAGUAGUCAGAAAUGUCAAUUCCCCCUUAAAUUUGUAUUUUUAUUUUACUAAGGGAUUGUUCGGGGUGUCCUAAAUAAGUACGCUUUUU